CAUGUCGCUGCGACCAGCGCAACUUGCAUGCUAAUUUCACCAUUGCAUGUGCAAAAACUCUCGCGUGUGGGAGUCCGUCCACCCAGCUACGUCAGCAUCAGCGCCGCUGCCGGCACUUCAGCCACUUCAUUUUCAGAUCAUCCAGCUCGAGCCCCAGACCAAAACCAUGGCUGCAACACGCCGCGUAAUUAACUUCAUGUCGGACACCAUCACAUGUCCGACGCCUGGAAUGCGCAAGGCCAUGGCAGCCGCCAAAGUGGGCGACGACGUCUACGGCUUGGACCCGACGGUUAAGCAGCUCCAGAAAGUGGUCGCCAGUAUGCUUGGCAAGGAAGACGCCAUGUUUGUGCCCUCUGGCACAAUGUCCAACUUGAUCGCCAUCGGUAUGCAUUGCCAACGCGGCGACGAGGUCAUUUGCGGCAACAAGUCGCAUAUCUUCACCUACGAGGGCGCCGGCGCCAGCGCGUACAUGGGUGUCAGCUUGGCUACUCUACCGAACCAACCGGACGGCACGAUCAAGCUCAGUGAUAUGGCUCGCGCUGUCCGCGCGGACGACAUUCACUACCCACGGACGUCGUUGGUGGAGAUCGAAAACACUCACAACACCUGCGGUGGACGGGUGCUACCUCUCUCGUAUAUCCGCGACGUGGAGAAUUUUUGUAAGGAGCACAACCUGAGCCUCCAUGUGGACGGUGCGCGCCUUGCGAAUGCCAGUGUGGCUUCGGGUGUAGCUCUUGAGGACCUGGUGAAGGGCGCCGAUACCGUCUCAUUCUGCCUCAGCAAGGGUCUAGGCGCACCCAUCGGCUCCAUCCUCGCUGGAUCCGAAGAAUUCAUUCAUCAGGCUAAGCGGCUACGCAAAUCGCUUGGCGGCGGUUUGCGUCAGUCGGGCGUAGUUGCAGCUGGUGCGCUUUACGGUCUGGAGCACCAGUUCGACCGCCUAGCUGAGGACCACGAGAACGCGAAGACUCUAGCACACGGUCUGUCCACAAUUCCAGGCAUCGAGAUCGACGUGGACAGUGUGGACACCAACAUGUUGUUCUUUAAGGUUUCUUCUGACUGCAAGAUUGACACGCAAACCCUCGUGAAGAAGGUCGCGGAGGAGAAGGGAAUCGUUUUCGGUGGAUACUGGAGAGGCGAGGAGAUCCGUGCGGUGACCAACCUGCAUGUAACAUCUGGCGACGUGGAGUAUACCAUUGCCUCUGUACGUGAUAUUCUCGCCGCCAGUGAGUCCAAUUUCCAAGUUGCUUAAUGACAUUCCGUCAGUGAUUCGGUCCAUGCGUGAUGGCCAACAGCUCCGAUUAUUUCAAUAAAUGCUUUUAUAACGUCAACGGAUAGCAAAACAAUACUUUUCUUAAUAUGUAAGCAUAGGUAUGAAAGAGCGACA